CGGUCUUUAACUCUUGGUUCAACAUAGAAAAAAUAAGUCAAACUAGUAUACGAGAAAAAAAACUGAACCCUGAAUGAAACUCAGCUCUAAUGUCUUCUUCAAAUUAAACCACUUCUUCUUCACGGAUCUACUUAUGUUUCUAGUUUAACUUCAAAUUACCACUUUCACCGAGUCUGACCGAUUCACUCACUCACAGUGUGAUUCAGUGGUGGUGGUAGGUUUCAUUUUAGCUCAAAGUUUGGUUACCAACAACAACUUAAAGUUUGAUUUAGGGUUCGUAUCUUGAAAUUCGGGGGUUUUUGAAGUUGUAGUGAUGAAGAAUUAGGGUUUAGUUGGAGAGAUUUUUUGAGGAGGAGAUGAUGGUAUCAAGAGGUUUAUUUGGGUGGUCACCACCACAUAUACAGCCAUUAACACCAGUAUCUGAAGUAUCAGAACCGCCGGAAUCGCCGUCGCCGUAUAUAACUGAGAAUAAUCAUAAUAAUAAUGAGGGGAAUCCGCAGCAAGUGUCGUUGGAGGAUGAUGAGGAUGAAAUGGAUGGGGAAGAUGAUGAGAUGGAACCACCACCAGCUGCUGUCCCGUUUUCUAGGUUGUUUGUUUAUGCGGAUACUUUUGAUUGGUUCUUGAUGGUGUUUGGUUCUGUUGCUGCUGCUGCUCAUGGGAUUGCGCUUGUUGUGUAUUUACAUUUCUUUGGGAAAGUUAUUCAUUUGAUGAGUUUCAAAGGUUCUACUUCUGGGGAUGAGCUUUUGCAGUUGUUUCAAAAGCAUAUUCUACAAAUUAUGUACAUAGCAUCAGCUGUAUUUGUUGCUGGUUGGAUUGAGGUCUCAUGCUGGAUUCUUACCGGAGAAAGGCAGACUGCAGCCAUUAGGUCCAAAUACGUUCACGUAUUGCUUAACCAGGAUAUGAGUUUCUUUGAUACUUAUGGGAACAAUGGGGACAUUGUUAGCCAAGUAUUGAGCGAUGUGCUAUUGAUCCAGUCCGCUCUCAGCGAGAAGGUCGGUAACUAUAUUCAUAACAUGACGACAUUUUUUGGUGGUCUUGUGAUCGGAGUGAUAAAUUGUUGGCAAAUUGCACUGUUAACACUUGCCACCGGACCAUUUAUUGUUGCUGCUGGAGGAAUAUCUAACAUAUUUCUCCACAGGCUUGCUGAAAAUAUUCAAGAUGCAUAUGCUGAAGCAGCAGGCAUUGCGGAACAGGCAGUCUCUUACAUCAGGACCUUGUAUGCGUUUACAAACGAAACAUUAGCUAAAUAUUCCUAUGCAACUUCGCUCCAGGCCACACUGAGAUAUGGUAUAUUGAUAAGUCUUGUGCAAGGCCUUGGUCUUGGAUUUACAUAUGGACUUGCAAUAUGUUCCUGUGCUUUGCAACUAUGGGUUGGAAGGUUCCUGGUCUCGCAUAAAAAGGCGCAUGGGGGUGAAAUUGUAAUAGCUCUUUUUUCUGUAAUAUUGAGUGGCCUUGGGCUGAAUCAAGCAGCAACAAACUUCUAUUCAUUUGAGCAAGGGCGUAUCGCUGCUUAUAGACUUUUUGAAAUGAUAAGUCGGUCAACUUCAUCUGUCAAUCAUGAUGGGAAUACCUUAGCUUCUGUUCAGGGGAACAUUGAGUUUCGGAAUGUGUAUUUCAGCUAUCUCUCUCGGCCUGAGAUCCCUAUCUUGAGUGGAUUUUACCUGACUGUACCUGCUAGAAAAACAGUGGCACUUGUUGGCAGGAAUGGCUCUGGAAAAAGCAGUAUAAUUCCGCUCAUGGAGAGGUUUUACGAUCCUACAUUAGGGGAAGUCCUCUUGGAUGGUGAAAAUAUCAAAAACUUGAAACUCGAAUGGUUAAGAAGCAAAAUAGGACUUGUUACCCAAGAACCUGCUUUGUUGAGUUUAAGCAUCCGAGAUAACAUUGCGUAUGGUCGGCCCAGUGCAACUCCUGAUCAAAUUGAAGAAGCUGCUAAAACAGCCCAUGCACACACAUUUAUCAGCUCACUUGAGAAAGGAUAUGAGACCCAGGUGGGUAGAGCUGGCUUGGAAUUAACAGAAGAACAGAAGAUUAAGCUCUCUGUUGCUAGGGCAGUGUUGUCAAAUCCAUCCAUUCUUCUACUUGAUGAGGUCACUGGUGGUCUUGAUUUUGAAGCAGAAAGGGCUGUCCAGGAGGCCCUUGAUGUCCUUAUGUUGGGAAGGUCAACCAUAAUAAUAGCUCGAAGGCUUAGUCUUAUAAGAAAUGCUGAUUAUAUAGCCGUGAUGGAGGAGGGCCAGCUUGUUGAAAUGGGUACACAUGAUGAAUUGUUAGCGUUGGAUGGUCUGUACGCUGAACUUCUGAGAUGUGAAGAAGCCGCAAAACUACCUAAAAGGACACCUAUACGGAAUUAUAAGGAAAUUGCAACUUUUCAAAUUGAAAAAGAUGCAUCUGCAAGUCACAGCUUCCAAGAACCUACAUCUCCCAAGAUGGUUAAAUCCCCCUCUCUUCAGAGGACUCAUGGUUACCAUGCAUUUAAGCCCACAGAUGGCACUAUAAAUUUGGAAGAAUCAUCAAAACUUCAGAGCCCACCUUCAGAGCAAAUGGUGGAAAAUGGGACGCGUUCAGAUUCUGCAGAGAUGGCGCCAUCCAUGAAGAGGCAGGAUAGUUUUGAGAUGAGACUACCCGAGCUACCGAAAAUUGAUGUUCAUGCACCACCUAGGCAGUCUACAAAUACUUCAGAUCCCGAGUCUCCUAUUUCACCUCUUCUGACUUCUGAUCCUAUGAAUGAACGUUCCCACUCAAAGACUUUUACUCGACCACUAAGUCAACUUAAUGCUUUACCUCUGAAACGGAAGGAGUCAAAGGAUACACAAAAUCAGAAGCCUCCAUCUAUUUGGAGACUUGUGAAACUCAGCUUUGCGGAGUGGCUAUAUGCUCUAUUAGGGAGUGUUGGUGCUGCAAUAUUUGGGUCUUUCAAUCCUCUUCUCGCCUUUGUCAUUGCACUGAUAGUGGGGUCAUAUUAUAGUCAUCACGGUCAUCAUCUACGCCAUGAAGUGGAGAAAUGGUGCUUAGUCAUCGCAGCCAUGGGAGUAGUAACAGUGGUCGCCAAUUUUUUGCAGCAUUUCUACUUUGGUAUAAUGGGGGAGAAAAUGACUGAACGUGUUAGGAGAAUGAUGUUCUCAGCAAUGUUGCGUAAUGAAGUGGGGUGGUUCGAUGAUGAGGACAACAGUGCUGACACCUUAUCCAUGCGCUUGGCUAAUGACGCUACAUUUGUUCGUGCUACUUUCAGCAACCGCCUUUCAAUAUUUAUCCAGGACACAGCAGCUGUUCUUGUAGCUCUUCUUAUUGGAGUCCUUCUGGAGUGGCGCCUGGCAGUUGUAGCUCUGGGGACUCUGCCCAUUCUUACACUCUCUGCUAUUGCGCAGAAACUAUGGCUUGCAGGGUUCUCUAGAGGUAUUCAGGAGAUGCACAGAAAGGCAUCUUUAGUUCUGGAGGAUGCAGUUAGAAACAUCUAUACCGUUGUAGCUUUUUGUGCUGGUAACAAGGUGAUGGAGUUGUACAGAUUACAGCUAGUUAAAAUAUAUAAGAAAAGCUUCCUCCAUGGGAUAGCGAUUGGUUUUGCAUUUGGACUUUCACAGUUUCUUCUAUUUGCGUGCAACGCUUUCCUCCUCUGUUACACGGCUCGAUCAGUGAAAAACGGUUAUCUAGAUCUCCACACAGCUCUCAAAGAGUACAUGGUCUUCUCAUUUGCGACGUUUGCAUUGGUGGAGCCAUUUGGUCUGGCCCCUUACAUUCUUAAACGUCGGAAAUCCCUUGCUUCUGUGUUUGAAAUCAUUGACCGUGUACCGAAGAUAGACCCAGAUGACAACUCCGGGUUGAAACCCCCUAACGUUUAUGGAAGCAUUGAGCUGAAAAAUGUUGAUUUUUGUUAUCCAACCCGGCCAGAAUUGAUGGUAUUGAGCAAUUUUAAUCUCAAAAUUAGUGGAGGACAGACUGUAGCUGUUGUUGGAGUUUCUGGGUCAGGAAAGAGCACCAUUAUUUCUAUGAUAGAGAGAUUUUACGAUCCAGUUUCUGGCCAAGUAUUACUGGAUGGCAGAGAUUUGAAGCUCUUUAAUGUGAGAUGGUUAAGGAAUCAUCUGGGUCUUGUGCAGCAGGAACCGAUUAUCUUUUCCACUACCAUAAGGGAGAAUAUAAUAUAUGCUAGGCACAACGCAACCGAGGCUGAGAUGAAAGAGGCUGCAAGAAUAGCGAAUGCUCAUCAUUUCAUCAGCAGCUUGCCACAUGGGUACGACACGCAUGUCGGUAUGAGGGGUGUGGAUUUGACGGCUGGACAGAAGCAAAGAAUUGCCAUUGCUCGCGUAGUUUUGAAGAAUGCACCCAUUUUGUUAUUGGAUGAGGCCAGCUCUGCAAUCGAGUCAGAGUCUAGCAGAGUGGUACAGGAGGCGCUCGAUACACUAAUCAUGGGUAAUAAAACAACAAUUUUGAUUGCCCAUAGAGCGGCAAUGAUGAAACAUGUAGACAAUAUAGUAGUUCUUAAUGGUGGGCGAAUUGUGGAGCAAGGUAGCCAUGACGUCUUAGUUGCUAAGAAUGGUUUGUAUGUCCAGUUGAUGCAACCUCAUUUCGGAAAGGGCCUUCGACAACGGAGAUUUGUUUAGAUGUGGUCUCUUAAUUGUUGUAUUUUAUUCUCACCCCUCCAACUCCCAAGCUGACAACACAGAUUACACUUCCUGCAAGAUCAUUCAUGAUGACAUAUUGUUGGUAAAAGCUGCAAGUCUGUAACCCCAGUGAAUAUUGACAGGCGAUUGAGUAUGUAACAAAGUUGCUCUGGGUUGGUCAAGUGAUGGCUGGGGCGAGGUUGGUGGCUACCAGCUUUUUGGGUUUGUGAAGGGAAGGAAACGAGGGCGGAGAACGGUAUAUGAAACGUGCUUGUAGAAAUUUCGAUAGAAUAUUAUUCUUUUGGAGAUUUUUUCACAUUGCCAAUGGGGAGGUUUCUGGUUUGUGCAUCUGUCUCCAAGUGUAAUCUUAAUUUAUUAAAUUUUUCCCUGUAGAAUGUAGGGUUUUUGAUGGGGGUUUAUUAUAAUGUGAUUUAUAUGUCUGUGGUUUGCUAAUUAUAAAAGAAGGCUGUUAUUGGGGCGUCACACUCUUUUAGAAGGGCGUCAUUUGGAUA